CAUCUACCAAUAGCAAUGAAAAUGGAACAAAUCUCAAACAAAGAAUCUUCGAAAAGGUUCGAAAUUAUCCAAAUUAUUUAAAGAAUUCAAUCUAAAAUUUCUUUCCUUUUUCUCAAGAAAAGUAGUUUGACCUCACCAAACCCCCAAUUGGCUGCUCACCCCCCAAUCAAUAUAUAAUAUCACCCACCCAUCCAUCCAUUUUACCUUCAUCCCCAACGUUUCUGCACUCUUCUUCUAUUUGCAUCCGCAGGGGCAAAUAUUUCUUGAUUCUUUUCACUUGGGUCCUCCAGAUUUGUAAAAUUAAUGGCGUCCAUUAAUUUUUCUUGCUCCUCAACUUCCCUUGCUCGCUCUAGACUGCUCAACGGUCUCCGUUAUGGAAAUACGCAAUACGUAAACGGUGUAGAAUCCCUCAAACAACCGAGUACUAAAGUAGGCUUAACCAUCAAGGCGAAUAGCAAAAUUAGCUCGGCUCUAUUCUCCGCCGAAGACACUCAUUCUUCUGGUUCGAAAGUUUCCAAUAAUGCCCUUGUCAGUGAUGUAUCUGGCGGGAUCGAAGUACUAGGAACACUAUCAGCUGAUAUGGGCCCCACAACAAGCGGCUUCUCUCUCGAGAACGAUAAAUUUGACUUGGACUUGCCCUCGGUAGGUUUCUCUUUUAUUUCGGAGGCCGUUGAAGACAUUCGACAAGGAAAGAUGGUGGUAGUUGUGGAUGACGAGGAUAGAGAAAACGAAGGGGAUCUUAUUAUGGCUGCAUCGAAAGUUACGCCUGAGGCUAUGGCUUUCUUCGUGAAGCAUGGAACUGGGAUCGUUUGUGUUAGCAUGAAAGAGGAAGAUUUGGAGAGGCUGCAUUUGCCCUUGAUGGUGAACCAUAAGGAAAACGAGGAGAAGCUUAGUACUGCGUUCACCGUUUCGGUGGAUGCAAAACACGGUACAACUACGGGUGUGUCAGCACGUGAUAGGGCGACUACAAUAUUGGCUCUUGCAUCGAAAGAUUCGAAGCCUGAGGAUUUUAACCGUCCGGGACAUAUAUUUCCGUUGAAGUACAGAGAGGGCGGUGUUCUAAAACGAGCUGGACACACCGAAGCGGCUGUGGAUCUUGCCAUGCUGGCAGGGCUGGGCCCUGCCGGAGUCUUAUGUGAGAUUGUUGAUGAUGAUGGUUCUAUGGCUCGACUACCUAGGCUUCGGGAAUUUGCGAAGCAAGAAAACUUGAAAGUUGUAUCUAUUGCCGAUUUAAUAAGAUAUAGAAGAAAGAGAGAUAGAUUGGUUGAACAUGCAUCUGCAGCUCGUAUACCAACUAUGUGGGGCCCAUUCACCGCGCAUUGCUAUAGGUCGAUUUUGGACGGAAUCGAACAUAUUGCAAUGGUUAAGGGAGAAAUCGGCGAUGGACAAGAUAUUCUCGUGAGAGUGCACUCGGAGUGUCUCACGGGAGACAUAUUUGGGUCUGCGAGAUGUGACUGUGGGACCCAGCUGGCGCUCGCAAUGCAGCAGAUCGAGGCUGCUGGCAAGGGCGUUUUGGUCUAUUUGCGUGGUCAUGAGGGAAGGGGAAUCGGUUUGGGCCAUAAGCUUCGGGCUUAUAAUUUGCAAGACGAUGGACGUGACACUGUGGAGGCGAACGAGGAGUUGGGCUUGCCUGUAGAUUCACGAGAGUACGGGAUUGGUGCACAGAUAUUGGGAGAUCUUGGAGUUAGGACAAUGAAGUUGAUGACGAACAAUCCUGCAAAGUACAUUGGGCUAAAGGGUUACGGUUUGGCAGUUUCGGGUAGGGUUCCACUUGUCACUCCCAUCACUAAAGAUAACAAGAGAUAUCUGGAAACUAAACGAUCCAAAAUGGGACACGUUUAUGGAUUAGAUGCGAACGGAAAUCCAGCUAUUAUCGGAAACGGUAGGACAGGUGGCGAGGGCCCGCUUACAUCCGGGUCGUAAGUACUUGACCCGGAAAAUAAUAAAAUCUGGAUCAUUAUGAUUCUUGAAACGGGACGCAGUUUAGGUGUUUAUUAUUCGUUCGAUUAUUCUUGAUUCUUUGUUUUUGCUAAGGGAUAGGGAGAGUUAAAUGUAAUAUAAGACAAAAUAAUUCGUUUGUUCUAUGUUUAGACAGUCGUCUUAUUCAAUUUAUAUAAAUUCAAGAAUUAAUAAA